UUACUUAGGUACAUCUCUAUUUUUUUGCUAUUUCCCUAGCAGUCAACUGUUUCGCCCAACUCUCAGUUGCAAAAUACUAGAGUCAGACUACCAUGACUAUCCCACAUUACGGUGUCUGGGUUGGCCAGCCAACGCACUACACGCAGCAAACUGAAAAGCAAGACCCCAAAUCCCCGCACAUAUACCUCUCCUUCACAGAUGGCUCUUCCUCUUCGGGCAGAGGCCUUGAGGCCGCAAUCAACGUCAAAUCGACCGACAAAGAUACCCGUCUAGUAUUCUGGCUGGAGCGCAAUUUCUCUCAUCCAAUUACGGAGACCCUUACAGACUUGAACCAGGGCUUCCACCUGUUGGGGUCGUAUACCCACGCCAACAAUGGAAAGGAAACUCACAAUAGUCACCAUAAUAGCCAUCAUAACACCAGCCGUCACAAUAUUGAAGAGCCAACUAACCUCCAGGGACUAGAUUUCGUCCGCACCAAAGGAUUGUUGGACAUCGAGUCCGGCACUGUCCUCCCUCAUGAUAUCCCGGGACCAAACAAUGAUAUCCUUGACAAGAUGGAUCCGAUCCUCACCGAUGCCAUAAACAAGAAAGCAAAGGUGUACAUCUUCGGCUCUUCCUAUGGCUCUGGGAUUCACGACAUCCAUAUGAACCAAGGCAGUUUACCUCAGUACGAAAAUGGAAUCUAUGAGGACGGAGCUUUGCUAUUCCACUUCGAAGAUGAUGGCCACUGGGAGGCGGUAUUUCUGUCAUUUGCAUCUCAGGAGCUUCCAACCGAUGAUCAAGGGGAACCUGAGGAUGGUAGUAAAUCCUUGGCUGAGAUCCUGGGACAGUGAUCAAUUGAAAUUUCAAGCCCUAGGCCAAUGAGUCUAUAUAAUGAAAGUAUCCAGAGGCUCAUUCUAUUUGAG